AAAGAAAGAGUUUUUUUCUUCAUGUAUCUUUAUAUUUUUCUUCUUUUUAUUUUUUUAAUCAUGGUAUCAGAGCCUUGAGGCUUUUUUUUGUCUUUUAUUUCACUAGUGUUGAAUUUUGUAGCAUGAACAUAUUGGGUUGGACAAUCAUGGUAGCUAUGGGAAUGAAUGCAGCUGUAAGUGUGAGAGUGUCGAAUGAAUGGGGAGCAGGGCAUCCGAGAGCAGCAAAACUUUCAUUGGUGGUGGCUGUAAUCUCCUCAUUCAUGAUUGAUGUUCAAGAACUUGUCAAGGAACUCACUCCAUUGUUGGCUCUGUGCAUUGCCAUCAACUGCGUUCAACAUGUACUCUCAGGAGUUGCAGUAGGAGCAGGAUGGCAAGCUGUUGUUGCAUAUGUGAAUAUUGGGUGUUACUAUAUCUUUGGAGUUCCUCUUGGUCUCAUAUUACGUUACAAGCUUGACUUUGGUGUCAAGAUAACUGCAUUUCCUCCUCGGAUUUGGUGUGGUAUGUUAUCAAGAACAAACUUGCAGACUAUUGUCCUAUUUGUUACGAUUUAUAAAACAAAUUGGAACAAAGAAGCUUCGAUUGCUGAGGACAGGAUUAAGAAAUGGGGAGGUGAAGAAGGUUACAAAGAGAACAAUGUGGGAAUAAAUGUUGAAGAGAAAGAAACAUAAUUAAGGGAUCAAAUGAAUUUUUGAGCAAAUUAGGUCUCAAGGGAUGCGAGGGCACGGCACAUCGUUGUUCUUCCAUACCAAAAAUAAGUAAAACAAGGAACCGCACCACGCGAUGCUCAGCAAAUUUAAUAAUUUUUUCAACAUGUAAAAUUGUGUUUUGUUUGUAUAUUAAGGUGUAGAAGGUUUGAAGUAUUACUUUAUUCUUCAAUAAACAAUUUUAAAAUAU